UGAGAGAGAGAGAGAGAGAGAGAGAGGGGCAGAGUUAAACUGAGUACCUGUUAAAUCCAUCUGCAUUUCCUCCCAGCUCCCCAAUGAUGUUGUGGAAAAUGGAAAGUAUGUUCUUAUCCCAGUCCGUGGGUGUGUAUAGUGUGUGUACUAUGUGUAACAGGACCAGCCCUUUUCAGCUACAUUUUGCUCCCCUCUAUCUGUUCCUUCACCUCCACAUUUCCAGACAGGGACCCAGCCUCCUAGCUGCAUUUAUCCCAGCUCUACUGCACCAUGGGUAGCCACAGGCCCGGACACUGGACUCUGAUCCUGGUUCACAUGCUUCUGCUGCAGUAUCGCGCUGUAAAGGUGCAGGGAAUUGAUCCUGUGUCCCAGAAACUACGACGGCUCAACGAACAGUUCCAGCAGUUCCAGGCGCUGACCCAGGCCCGUUUGGACAUGUUGGCCCUGAACCAGAACAGAAACUCCUCACAGGGGCUGGAGAGCCGUCUUCAAGCCCUGAAUGACUAUUAUCACCACAUGUCACAGGACCUUGAACACCUGAAGCAGAGCAUAACACAGGAAAUAGAGGGUCUAAGGGAGUGGAGUAGGAAGCUCGAGAAGAAGAGCAAACGGAUAGAGGGUCAUCUGACUUUGAUGGAGAGGAACCUGAGGGAGAACCGCCGCCACGGCCAGAGACAGAAGCCUGAUCCCAGUCAGGACUUCUCCAACCUUACCCUGGAGCUCCACUACCAAGAGGAAAGACUGGCUGCCCUUCAAGACCAGCGUGAUGAGCUGUUAGUGGGGCUGAAAGGGUUACAGGAAUCCUUGAAAAACCAGGCACUGCGUGUGACCAGACUGGAGGGACGGCUUGGUGAGGUCCUGCAGUGGAAUGGAGGAGGGAACAUUAGGGGUUUGGCAAGAGUGAGAGAACCCCUCAGCUCCCCCAUCACACCUCAAGAAUACUAUGAACCACGCAGAAGAGCCCAGACCCAGAGGGGAGGGAGGCCUGGAAGGAUUCUGGGGGGACAUACCCAACACAAACCAGAGGGAAUCAGUCAAACAAAGACUGAUAGUUACUCACAGGCAAGGCCAUAUCAAUACCAUGCAACAAACCAGCCAAAACAUUCAAAAGUCCAGAGACCAAGACCUCAGCCAGACUCCAUCCACAAUCCACAGAUACAAUACCAGCAUCAAAACCCUAAACCCCAGCCUACAGAUUACCUGCCCCAGCCUGUCCCUUACCAUCCCCAAUCACAGAUCCAGAUGCAGGCCCAGACACGGCCUUACCAGAUCCAGCAGGGGCAUCUCCACCACUCUGUGCCUUAUCGUCGUGCCCAGAUCCAGCCCCAGGUCCAACAACCACUCCAGCCUCAGUCACAACCUCAGAGACAAUUACACAACCCCUCCUGGCCCCAGCCCCUGUCCCAGGCUCAAACCCAUCUUGAAUCCACCAAAGACAGACAGAGCGGGACCAGACUGGGAGCUCCUGAGUCUCAGGCCUCAGAUGUUCUCCCUGAACCCCAGUCUGAGUCUUAUCAGUCCAAGGGUAACAGGUGGAAAGGUGAAGAGGAGAAAGAAGGUAACACUAAGACUGAGACUUCAGUGAUCCAUAACCUCCUCCAGCUUCCUGUGAGGCACAAGAUCCCAGCACGGCCAGUUCCUAAAAAAGAUGCAACCAUCUGUAAUGUGGACUCCAUGCUGUUUUUCCCCUCGGCAUCAGUGGAGAACUAUGUCACCUUCUCCCUGACUCUUCCUGACCUUCCUGAACUUUCUGUGUGUCUAUGGCUGCGUGUAGAGGCCUCACAUGUCGGGACACUGCUCUCCUAUGCCACAGAUGACAAUGACAACCAGUUAGUUCUGUAUGGACGCAACUCCUCUGCCUCAUCUACAACCUUCUCUGGGUCUUCCUCAUCUUCCCACCCCUCCUACUCCAUCUCUCCAUUUUCAACCUCUUCACAUCCCUCUGCUUCUCCAUCCUCCUUGGACUUUGUCAUCGGAGACCCUGUCUAUCGCCUUCUCCCUGUGUCAUCGCUCCUGGAUGCUCGCUGGCACCACCUCUGUGUCCUCUGGUCCUCCAUACAGGGUCGUUUCUGGUACUACAGCGACCGUCGUCUCACCUCUUCAGGCUCCAACUUCAGGAAGGGCUGGGAGAUACCUGGAGGUGGAUCAGUGGUGCUGGGACAGGAGCAGGAUUCUGUUGGUGGAGGGUUUGAUGCUGCAGAGGGCUUUGCUGGGCAGGUGGCAGGGUUCAGGGUAUGGAACCGGGUGCUGAGCCCAAUAGAGGUGGAAGGGGUGGCAGAAGGGAGAGGUGUGCCCAGAGGGGUGGUGCUUGACUUGGAGGAUAUAAAGGAGGUCCAUGGGGAUGUGCAGCAGGUGGCAUGUGAAUGCUUAGAGCACUGUAUCUGAUCAAGUUAUGGUGAGGCAUUCAAAUAAGGACAAAGGAAAUAUUAACAGGACAGCAUCUUGCUCAGGAACACUUUGGCAGAAAUGAGAUUGGAACAGCUGGACAACACUGAAGUCCCCAUUAACUAUGCAAUAAUAACCUGAAUUUGAUUCACCAGCCAAGUGAUAAACAUUACAAAAGAGACUAGAAUGACAUCUAUCAGUAAGAUUUAAGAACAUGCUUCUAAUUGUGAUAUUAAAGUUACUUUCAUGCUAAAAAUAAUCUUGUAAGAGUGAGUAUUAUAAUAGUGGAUUGUUGAAUUUCCUACAACCCCCAAUUUAUUCACUGGGGGCUGAUGGAAUUUGAAAGUACUUUGUUUAUGAUGCUGCACUUCUUCCCUGUACUUGGAUUUGAACUUUUGCCACUGUAUGACUGCAGAUACAGAUUCAGCAUCUUGUAUUUGUUGUUUUGUAUUUUGUUUGUUUUUUGGAUUUUCAGCAAAAGCUGAUGUUGUUUUUUAUAUGAAUAAACUCAUAAACUAAUCAUUA